AUAGAGAAGUCUGAUUUUGCUGAUUUAAAUUUAGCUGUGUCGAACUGCACUUUUUAUUUUGGAAGCAUUUUGGAUUUUUGUAUAUUAAAAAAAAAAUAAGUUUCAGAUUUUGUAAAGACUCAAUGACAUUUAUUUAAAAUGCUUAUCACUGUAACAUGUGCUUCCACAGAUGUUGUUUACUCUUUGGAAGUUUCGCCAGAAAUUGAACUUGAAAAUUUUAAAGUGCUUGUCCAAGUUGAAAGUGGUUCAAUAGGAAUGACAGACAUGGUUUUUUUUCAUAAUGGUAAAUUGUUGAUCGGAGAUAAAAAAAACUUAGCCGAAUUGGGUGUUCAAAACAAUGAUGUUUUGUUGUUUGGGCCUCUUCCACAUGGUUCGAUUACCAAUGCAUCUAGUCCACCAAGCACUGGCAGGCCAGUAUCUAGUGUCCACGCUGGCACUGGCAUUGAUUGGGGAUCAGUUCAUGUUCCUUCUACUUCUCACACAAGAACACAACAACAUUCUCGUCAAAGAAUCGAUCCAAACAACCCUGAAGUUAUUCGUACUAUGUUUUUAAGUGAUCCACAUCAAAUGUCAUUAUUGAAAGAAAGAAACCCACGACUUGCAGAAGUUAUAAACAGUCCUAUAGAUUUUGAAAAGGUAUUUGAAGAGCAACGUGUUGAGCGUUUGCAGAUUGAACGAGAGCGCAUUCAAUUACUAGCUGCUGAUCCUUUUGAUCCUGAAGCUCAAGCUAAAAUUGCAGAAGAAAUCCGUAUGGAGACAGUUAAUCAAAACAUGCAUACUGCUAUGGAGCAUGCACCUGAAGUAUUUGCAGAGGUUUAUAUGCUUUAUAUCAAUGUAUUAAUAAAUGGGCAUCAAGUUAAGGCAUUUGUAGACUCUGGUGCGCAAAUGACAAUUAUGAGCAAAUCAUGUGCUGAAAGGUGCAACAUUAUGCGGUUAGUUGAUCAUCGCUGGCAAGGAAUGGCCGUAGGUGUUGGACAGCAAAAAAUUAUAGGACGAAUUCACAUGGGACAAAUUCAAAUUGAAAAAGAUUUUCUUUCUACAUCUUUUACUAUAUUAGAAAAUCAACCGAUGGAUGUCCUUCUUGGUUUAGAUAUGCUUAAGCGUCACCAGUGUUGCAUCGAUUUAAAGAAAAAUGCUCUAAUUAUUGGAACAACAAACACAGAAACUCGGUUUUUAAACGAAUCAGAAUUACCAGAUUGUGCUCGAUUAAACAGAAAAAGAGUUCACGAAUCAACGGAUAGUUUUCAAGAGGAAGAAGAUAGACUACUUGCUGAAGCAUUAAUUAAAUCUCAAAGCGAUACAAAGAGUUGAAUUAUCAAUUCGCCUAAUUUUUUUAAUAUUAAUAUUUAAGAUAUAAGUUAACUACAAAUUA